AUGGCGACCGUUGCGAUGGCGCUGCAUCCGACUGCCCGCUGGACCUCGUCGGCGAAUCGCCGGAACCCGAAGCGCGAACGGUACAGCCUCAGACAGCACGACGCUGCGUCCCGUUCGAAGCGCGAAUGGGGUGAGGAGAAGUCGCCGGUGGAGAAGUUGCUGGCAGUGGGAGCCGACGGCCGGCCGAAGGUCCUCGAUGACGAGAAGAUCGAGUCGCUUGGGGUGGCGGAUUUCGUGGAACGAUCGAGGGCGCUCGUCGGAGGUGGCAGCGGAGGGCCUCCCCGUUGGUUCUCGCCGGUGGAGUGCCGGUGGCGUGGGGAAUUGUCCCCUCUGCUCAUGUUCUUGCCCGGUGAGUCGGAUGAUCUCGCCCCAUUCCCUCCCUCUCCUUGAAAGUCAACUCUCAGGAUCCCUUGCUUACUUACCUUCUAGAGCGAGAGAGCUAGAGCGAGAGCGAGCGAGAAAGAGAGAGAGAGAGAGAGAGAGAGAGAGAGAGAGAGAGAGAGAGAGAGAGAGAGAGAGAGAGAGGGGGGGGAGCUCUUCCUGCCCACCGCGGAGGAGGGGAAUAAUGAAAGAGUAGCUCCAAGGCCCUCCUGUCCUCCGGGGAAGCAGCCGAUCUCUCUCUCUCUCUCUCGCUCUCGACUGUCGACGUGGCGUCGGCCGGCGUCGAGGAUAAUUAAAGACGCCGGUAUCGUUCACAUGGGAGUACGAAGAUAGUUAAAGCACUGACAGGGUUAUAAAUAACAUAGAAUUCAAUAUGUGGUAUAUAAAUAAUAAUAUUUUUAUUUUAAAGCUCCACUACAAGCGUCAGUGUCGAAAAACGAACGUUGAACAAAGUGAAUUUAUUAAUAAAAAAUACAAUUUUCCACGUUCUUCCCGACAGAAGGAAGUGAGCAUUCCUUCUUCCAUGCAGCUAACUACACAUCUAUCCAUGGAGGACGAGACGCGAAGAAAUCUAUAUGCUUCAAAUUUUCCAGUCUUUGCGAAGAAACUAUGUUUCUUGAGAAUUCCGUCUCAGAUUUUUUUUUUCCCCCCCGUAAACUUGGUUAGGGAUCGAUGGCAUCGGACUGGGGCUCCUGCGGCAUCAUCAGAGGCUGGGGAAGUAAGCUUUUCAACGUGCUUCUUUACUCUAUAAUUAGGGUUUUUUUACUCUAUAAUUAGGUUUUGAUAAAUUUCCGUUGAACGCAGGAUAUUUGAUAUUUGGUGCCUUCAUAUUCCACCGACGGAUAGGACGCCGUUUGAGGGUCUUUUCUUAAACUUAAUUUCGUGAUGCUUUCGAUCCAUCCCCUACCUUGCGGCACGCGAAUCAUUAUUUUUCGUCGUACGGAAUGAUUGAUGACAACAGCGUCGACAGAUAUUUGUGUUCUGGAAAGAUAAACUAGUCCAUGCUGUUUUUUCCUGAAGUAUUGCUUGCAUGAUUUUAAGUGUAGCAAUUUAUUUACUCAAGCUCCGAUCGUCCUUUCAAAAUUUUCACAAUAUUUCCAUAUAUUCAAUUUAUUUCAAAAUGAAGGAAAGAGACAUAGAAAUACGCACACAAUCUGCUCCCUAUAAGCGCCCAAUGUGAACAAUAGCAGAAUCUCCCGUUGAGUUUUAGCUUGUUUUUCUCUAUAUUUUAUUCUGAUUGUGUCCUUUGGACUUUGUUUAUGAUUUUUUUUUGGAAAACAUAUCUGACAAUAAGGGAUUUCGAUGAUGUUUACUAUAAAUGAAAGAUAGUAGAAUAAUUGUUUACCAUUUUAAUGGCUACUUUUGGAAGAACUUUGUUAUGUUGUAAUUUUUUUCGCGCGAGUUUUGUAAGGCUAAAUUUUCUGAUGAAUUCAGGUUUGGUAAACAUUAUCGAAGACACUGUGAAGAUGCAAAUUUCAUGCUUUCCAAAAAGGCCCAUAUAUCUUGUCGGAGAAACCCUGGGAGCAUGUCUGGCUCUUUCUCUGGCAUCGCGAAAUCCUGACAUUGAUUUUAUUCUCAUCUUGGGUAACCCAGGUCUGUCAGAGUUCUCCAUUGACGAUAUUUAUGUGAGAAAGGCUGCUGUUGAGAAAUUUUAAUCGCAACUUCACCUUGCAGCAACACAUUUCCACAAGUCCCCACUGCAGUCACUGUCCUCGCUCAUGGAACUUUUGCCUGAAGUGCCUCUUAGUCUGCCAUUUGCUCUUAGUUCGAAAGAAGGUUUGUGGCCUCUACAAAGAAGAAUUUACUAGAAGAACUUCGAACUUUGCCAAGAAAAAUAAUGAUUUCGUAUGGUUGUUUGAUUUAUUGUUUGAAAACACAGACAUUAUUUAGAGUGAUAUGAUCAUUGUAUUUUUCGUACUUGUCUAAAAAAAUAAAUUUAAUACUAUCACCUCUCUAUUUCUUGGAUUAACAAUUUUUUUUCCAGUGUUCUGGAUUCGGUCCAUUGCUGUGUUAGUGACUGUUCAAUUGGAGCUUUUGACAUUCAUGGUCCAAGUGGCCAAUUCUACCGUGGAACCGUUUAUGUGCGUUGAGAAUUAGAAUAUCCAGCGGCUUUUGUAUCUUUCUUGAACUGGAAUACUAACACGACUCAAUCAGGUCUGGCAGAUACCUUUGGCAGAAUAACCUUCUUGAAUGCUGUUGCAAAGCCCAUCAGAAACCUUUUUUCCGAAAAAGUGUAAAAAAAGACUGAACUCUUAUGUUCAUAAAGGGAAAGGGAUGAAAAAAUCUUGAGUCUUUUAUAUGUCGACUCAGAUUCUACCUGUGUCCAGAGUGUUUAACUUUUCGUCGGAAAUAAUUAUCCUCAUGAUCAAAGUUUCUGUCGUCGUGCUCCCUUUAGGAGGUCCACCAUUGGAUUAUGGAAAAACUCUCUAAAGAUCAGCCUUUUCAAGAUUCCUGAACUGUUCUGUCUACAUUGUUUAAGUUUCUCUGUAUAUUGAUUUUUGACAGCAGAUCAACAUGUUCCUCCCCUGGAUGUCAAACGGUUGAAUGAUAGAUCUCCACAGUAUAUUAAUUGUAUCGGAGUCCACAGAUGCAUGAUCCACAAUUUCUCUUUUUGAACGUUAGAAAGUGCCCAUUUUCAAAGUUUUACUGAAUCAUAUUGAAGUAUUCAUGCACUAAAGGCUGAUUUACGAAACAUUUAUGGUACUCAUCCUCAAUUUUAUAGUCUGUGAGAAUCAUUUGCCCUUGUUUUAUUGGAGUAAUAGUGGAUGGUUGUCGCUACAAGAAACAAUGAAACAUGCCUAUUAGGCUUUAUGAUAAUUGUGUUAACCUAAUAUUCUCAAUUUGAUCGGCAGUUGUGUCCAUUUAUGGCAAAAGGGGGCUUCAAGAAACUAGCACUGCGUCACCAGGCAAUAUUCCUAUAGAAUUUUUGUACAUCUCUGUGAGUAUCAACUUUUCAAUUCAACCGUCAUGCGGAGUGAAGAACGUGCGUAUUAUAAAAAACACUACAAAUGUUAAAAUAAGCGAGGAAGAGUCAGUUUAAUUUUUCUUUUUGAAAUCCGUGUCAGUGCUGAUCUGGGCUAAACUUAUUUCAGCUAAAAAUACAGAAUUUUAAUUAGGAAUGUUGUGACCAAUAUUUGAUUAAACGUUUGAUUGAGUGAUUCAGCUGGUUCCAUUUUACAUCCGGUAAACACUCCCUUAAAAGUCACUUUGAUAACUAUGCCCUGCGAACUUUGGUGGGCAAAGAGCAGAAAUGCAUUUAUGAAGAAGUACACCUUCUCGCCAAAUAUCACUGUAUUCUUUCUAGUAUUCUUGAGUUUAAUUAUUCUACACAUGGCGGAAGCUUAGCUUCUGGAUGAAUCAUGCAUUGUGUUUUGUUGAUUUGUAUUUUCUAGCCUGCAUACAUGGUUGGUUGUUCUCGAAUUAUUUCCAUAUUUUUCUCAUUUUAAGUUGGAAUGUUUCAAAUGGUCCCUGAAAUGUUUACUGUUUUCCUUUUAUUUCAUGAAAUCAUUUGGUGGACAUAUGGAAAAUAAAAAGAAAGUUCCCUCAUGUCUGUUGAAUGAGGAAAAUAUAGCUUGCUCUAUCUCCUAAAAGGUUGAGAAAUUCCUCGUUGCUAAAUCUUCUGUCUAAUUUUCCAGUAGUGGGAGUUGAUUUACAAUCUUGCCAGUGUCUCUCUCCCCACCACCUAAAAUUGAAAAAUAAAAAAUGAAAAAGAAAGGUAUUACGGAAUCCUUUUUCCUAUUAAGUGCGGAAAGAAAGCUGAAAAGUCCAUGCCAGUAUCAUGUUUCGUGUGCUCUUGCACAUUUUUGUAUCCUAUUCUUAUUUAUUUUUCUAAGAAUAGGAAGUUGAAGUAAUCUCCUAAGACGGAUUACCAGCCACUCAUAACCCGUAAUUACUUACUCAUCGAGUUUUUGGCUCUCUAUUUAAUUGUGAACCACCAUUUUUCACCUGGUAUAAUCUGUUUGAGACCACAUAGCCAAAACUUAUGCGCCUCCUUUAUGUUUUCUCCAUUACCUUAGUUUGGAUUAUGGCUGGAAUUCUUUACAGAGAUCAGGGUCAUUAAUCAAAACUUAUGCUUUUGUUUAAACGUACGUAAAUUUUCCUUUUUUCUGAUUGAAUUAGUUGGUUUUUUUUCAGUUCUUGGUCGAUAUUUUAACAAGGGAUUCUCUUAAAUGGAGACUGAAGCUGCUCAGAUCCGCAUCCUUAUAUGCAAAUUCUCGAGUUCAUUCUGUUAGAGUCGAGACGUUGAUACUUGCUAGGUUGUCUUUUCUCUUUGAUAUUCUUUUAAGUUUCUUUGGUGGUAAUCAAGUUAAUCUUCACAUUCAAAAAAAACUGAUUAAGGUGACCACUCAAUUUUUUUUAGUUUUUUUGGAUGGUCAUUAUCUCUCACCACAUGAUGAGAAAUUCUGAUAUUUUUUCGUGUACAAGGUUAUUUCUUCUGGAGGCUUCGAAAACCAUCUUUUCUGACCUAAUAUUUUCUUUUAGAGUGAAUUUUAUUAUUUCCUGGUCUUGGAGUGAAUAAAUUCUUCACUAGAUAGCUUUUAGAGGAACACCUAUUCAGGCAUAUUAUCGAGAGGUUAUUCUCAUGUGAACUUUAUUGGGCCAUAUUUUAGAUGCUGAAAGAGCAGACCCUUGGGCAUCUAUCACGUACUCAUAGGUUCAAUUCUGACACAAAACAGUUUGUUUGGUGUUGAAAGUUAGUAAAAUCUUCAGUCUGUUUAAAUUCUCAAACAAAUGCAGAUUGUUUUUAGUAAGUUGGUGGUGCCAUUUUAUAUGAACUCAUGGUAAGAUAUUCCUUUGAGAUUAUAGAUCUAUUGUAUUUUUUGUGCCUGUUUGACAUAUGAUGGUUAACACUACAUGAAAUUUUAGUAAAAAUUCUUUGGAGAUAGGAAUUUGUGCGAUGCACCUUUCACAUACAAUCAUAAUUUUUUUUUAGUGCAAUUAGGUUACGAAGACACCUUCAAAUGCUACUCCCAUUAGAAGUCUAUUGUCUUACACAACCUCAUUAAUAACAUUAUCUUCAUCAGUGGAUAUUUUAUGAACAUAUGUUGCAAAAAGAUCUUAAUUUUUCCGUGGGACAUUAUGCAUAUGUCAAUGUGUAUAAAAUAUAUUGAGCCAGAACAUUUCUCAACUAAUAUAAUAAUUUAAUAUUUCGACUAUGAUGAUUGCUAAAGAUUGUGAGAAUUUGCUUUUGUGUUUUAGAGUGCCUAGUGGUUUGAAGCCCUGUGGAAUCUUGUACUUCCUUUUGUCACUAAAAUUAUUUACCUGAUAAAUGACAUCUAAUAGUUUUUGUUUGUACUGAUCUCUUUUAAAAAAUCUCUAACUUCUUGUUAGUUAGCAAAAGUUACUUUGGAGUGGGGUACUUUCAUCUAGGCCAAUCUACUUUACUAGGACUUGUAAGUGAAGGCAAUAUAAUAUCCUAGUAUUGAUGUUUAGGAACAGAUUGACAUGGUUGAUUCUCAUUGUUGUCAGUCUCAGGAGUCUCAUCCUUGUAAUCUAGAUUUUGUUUAAUCUUUCUCAAUUGUUGCUUGGAAUGCUAGAGGAGAAAUGAGAUGUAUAACAAUAUCAAUAUUUUUAGAAAUAUGUGCACUUUUGAAAUUCGGCAUCACUUAGUCAAUAUGAAAAAUCACAUUUUUAAUUUUCAGCAUAUUUUUCCUUUAGCAAUAUACCUUAUAGAAAGAUUGCUCAUUUUCAUUCUUCACACAGAUACAUUGUGUAAACAUAAUCCGAAAUUUGAAUCAUGCGUUUAGAAUUAGUUCUAAUGCCUCAAAAAGUAUGAACAAGGAUCCUUUCGUAAGAUUCUAUCAUCCUUUAUAAGAAUAAAUUUAAAUUCCCUACCUAGUUUUCUGUCAAAAGAAUACAUAAAAUAAGAAAUGAUCACUCAGUAGUUAUAGUUUUAGAAUAUUCCACAUCUGUGUCUACGCAAAUAUCAUAAAAUUCCAAGAAGAUUUGCGUGACUAAUAUUUCUCAUUUUUGCUACUUCAUGAUCUACUAAUUAAAAAAACAUAAUAAAUUUAUGUUUAAAGUAGUUCAUUAUAAUCCUCUUGUUUCCACUACCCAUUUAGUCACGGUGUUGUAAAACAUAAAAACAUAACAUAUUUACACAUCAGUGAGAGACAACAAUUUCAUUGGACAUCGUACAUGUGAUGUUUACAUUAUCAUUGUUUUUAUGAACUUUGCCUCUAUUCUGUUGUCUUUUUAUUUUUAAAAAUUCUUGAAGAUGACCUUAUUGCAAUGAGUGUACUAUUUUGGUUUUGAUGUCAUUAUCUCUUGUUUGAUAAAGAGCUUGUUCGUUCUAUAUUCCUCAUUACUAAGAUUUGUGCAAUAUUGGUGCUUAUUAUUGUUUUUUCCUUCGAUAAACAAAUUGUUAGUACAAUAAUCAUGGUUCAUACAUUAUUUUAAGUAUAAUUGCACAUGUUAAUACUAAUGUUUCAAGGAAAUUUAAAGCAUUAAGGCAGUGUAAUUCAUCUUUGAAGGUCAUUUUCAUUGUAGAUUAAAAGAUAUCACUGGCCUCUACAACAUUCGGUGCUUUCCCGGAAUUUAAAGUUUAAUGACUUCUUAAUAUGGAACAUCUAUUUCCUUCUGCCUUUUGGUUUGCACAAUGAUAGCAAUUUUUCGACAGAGACUGAACACUUGCUUUACUUACCGCAUCAUAAAAUGCAUUGCCAUCAAUUUACUUUGUAAUUUGCCUAUUUUUUUAUUGCUUAUUUGUAUCCUAUUUGGCUUUAAUUAACCAACUUCUAUAAGUUGGGAGACAUCUCUGCGAUGAAGGAAGGUUUCAUCUUUAGUUUUAUAGCGCCUAGGAUUUUAACCCGCAAUAACUUGGGAAGCUGCUAUUUCUAGAACUUAUGGUAUGAAGGUAAAACAGAUAUCCAUAAUCUCAAAUUGGUAUGCUAUAUAAAUUACGGUAUCGCAUUACAGAAAAAUCAUGAGGCAAAAUAUUUUCAUUGAAAAUCUCUCAGCUUGGAUUGUAAAAGACUAUGCAGAGUGCAGAGUACAGAGUACAAUGAUUCUCUCAAGUUCUUUGCGAAAAUCUUAGGGAUGCCAUCCAGAAGAGUGAUAUACGGCUACCUUACAUAGAUAACAAACGAGAUAUCAUGAUAAACUUCGAGAAAAUUGAAUAAAGAAUCCUUAGUGCAAGGCCUCAAAUUUUUCGAAGAAGUCGGACUCAAUGAUGAUGACCUUGAUUUUCUUCCUUCCUCUGUCAUGCCACCAUGUUAUUGUUUUCUCCUUCUCCCUCCUCUUUGUUUUACCAUCCUAGCUUGAAAUUAGGAACGAAAAUCCUAACCCAUGCCACAUAGAGUAGGUUGGCCUAACUAGCACAUUGAAAUGUUCAUUACCUGAAAAUAUUGAAAUAUUCCUUUCAAGCAUCAUUGAGUCGUUAAUUUUGAUAUCCUGAAAGUAUACCACCACAUAUGAUGUUCAUUGUACAAAGAUUAAGAUUCCACUUCUAAGUUGGCUCCAGCUGAUCCAAUUCGCUUGAAAUUUAGAUUACUAUCCUGACUACUAAAGAAAGGACCAAAUUGGGAUGUAUGGACUUGAACAGACUAGUUUAGAUGGGUCGUCCAAUGAAUGGAACCAAGUUACAAUUUUUUCUCCCGGUAAGGCGGUUGAGACCUAUAUUCUGAAAAAUAAUUGCUUUUCAUGUCCUCUACUUAUGCACAAUUUUUUCCAUAUAGCACGCUAUAUUGUUUUUUUCCUAUGAUUGAAUUUAUGUCAACAAUUUUCUUAAAGUGGGAAGGACCAGUUACUGCCUAGCCGUGAUGAGGCUGAGAAGUUAUGCCGUUUGAUGUCAAAUUGUAGAAUUCGCCAUUUCAAGGACUGUGGUCACAACAUAUUCCUGGUACUAAUUAAUGUUUAUGUUUGAGUCUACCUCUUAACGCUAAAUUGCAUGAUUAAAUAGAAAGUGCAAGCAUGUCUUCCAAAUAUUGGAAACACUGAUGUCCUGUCUUCUGUUGCAUAUCCUAGAUACACAUUAUUUUAAUGUUCCCUUGACCAUGUUCCACAUCACUGAGAAUUGAUGUCUUUACUUGGAUUGCACAUAAACAGGCCUUCAAGUGACCUUUUUUAAUAACUUCACUUAUUUCCAAAUGUGUGCUUCACUUUACAAUGAUGCUUUAUAUGCUAGAAAAUUAUUUUGUGAAGCUUAUACCUGAUUUCGUUCACAAGAAGUCCGUGAUAGAAGGUUCUGGAAAAACUCUAAUGAAUAUUGUUCAUUACGUAGUAUAAACUAAUGGCAUCGAGAAAAGUGUAACUGUAGUUAAUAUUCAAUUUUUUAGUCUUUCAAUCAUUUCAUUACGUUAUUACAUAUUAUUAGAUUAUAAGUGUGGCUAUAUUAUCUUCCUAUUACAAACUCGAAGGGAAAUGUGCUUGGGAAAUGAAGUGUUCUUCAAGUUAUAAGAUGUGAUAAAACAUUUAGUAGAGAAAUCUGAAAAUUACGUUAAAAGAUAAAUUAAUGAAUAUUUUAAGUAGUAUAACGUCUCGACCAACGUCCAAGUAUUGUCAAAAGAGGAGAAUUCCAAAUUUAGAAGACACCUAAACAUUAAACGAGUUUGAUGUCUCAAAAUUGAGGAUUGGGGAUCUGUGGUAGAAUAUGAGGAAAGCAGUGAGAAAAUGAACAGAGUAAUUUUAUAAAAUAACUAAAGGUUGUGAUGAGGAACAAGAACAUCUAUCCUAGAUAGAGAAACAUAAGAAAUCUGAGGUGAAGAAAGAUCCUUAUUGAGUAAACAAUCGUAAAUCCGUUGUAUUGGAAUCAAGUUUGAGUCAUCACAAUAAAAAUAUGCAGGUGAUUGAAUAGAGGAUUGUGAGGACAAUAGAGGAUCAGAUUGGCUUCAAGUCAAACUAUUUUAUUUUUGAAGUGAUUAUUAAGAACUAUUUUAAUCAAUAAUAUGAUAAAAGAGAGCGAGGUUUUUGAGGUGGCCCUGACAAUUAAGGGGGUAGACAUUUUUUUGUUCUUCAGUAACGAUGUGAAACAUUGAGGGAGUAAUUUUUUAUUAUUCUAAAAAUUUAAUGAAUAGGACACAAAUUUUUGAUAAAAAAGAUAAAAAGAUGAAAAAGUACAAAAUACAUUUUAGUGUUUGAAAUAAGCGCUCUUUAUGGUGGAUUGACAUUGAAAUAUAUUUAAGAGUUGUCUAAAAUACCAUCUAGCCAAUAGAAAGGUCUUAAGAUGACCUCUAUCAAGUGUGAAAGAUUUAAGUGGAAGGAUGCUACUCAAUAAUUGUUUCUUGGUCGUGAUAAAUGACGCUUUGGUUUAUUUCUAUGAUAUCUAAGACAUGUUUGAACGAAAUUUUGUUUAUUUCCUAUUUAUUUUUCUACCCUUCACUUAGGAAAUAGUUAAUGCGUGUAAUUUCUUCAUGAACAGGAAAGCGGUGUUGAUUUGGUAACUGUUAUCAAAAGAGCUUGUUUUUAUCGACGUUCAAGACAGAAGGAUCAUAUAUCAGAUUACCUAUUGCCAACUGAUCUUGAAUUUAAAAAUAUUUUAAAAGAAAACAGGUAGCCUGUUGGAUGUAUCUAUUUACUGUGUAUGUGCAUCAUGGACUAUGUUUUACAUAUUUUAGACAUAUGUUUGAUUCUUUCAGUGUCUAAUUUUGGAUCUGAAUUUUUCUUAGAUGGUUAACGGAUUCAGUUAGCCCUGUAAUGCUCUCGACCUUAAGCGAUGGAAAAAUAGUGAAAAAUCUCUCAGGAAUUCCAUCAGAAGGACCUGCGAUUUUUGUUGGAAAUCACAUGUUGAUGGGUUGGGACUUGGUUCCGUUGGUCUCAAGGCUCUUAUCUGAUAGAGGGAUUCAUCUUCGUACAAUUGCACAUCCAAUUAUAUUUGACAGGUUUUCAGAGAUCAUGAUGCCAGACUAUUCGUCCUUUGAUCAUUACAGACUUAUGGGUGCAGUUCCUGCCUCUGCAAUGAAUCUUUAUAAACUUCUCUCAAGCCGAUCAUUUGUUCUGUUGUUCCCUGGUGGUGCACGUGAGGCUCUUCAUAGAAAGGUAAGCUUUUUCUGGAAAUUUGUCAAAAACAGUCAGUUGUUCUUGUUGUAUUCUUUCGAAUUUGGUUGUUUAUGAAUCAAAGGGAGGAGAAUCAAGUUUUUAAUAACUUUUCAGCUAGAUAACUGAAAUAGUAAGGUACGUGGACGGAUUACUCAAACAACCGUACCUCUAAUUUGAAGGAACUUUUGCUAAACAGAAAGAUAAACAACAGGAUCUUAAGUAAUGCUCUUUUUUGCAUAAAUAUUUCUGAAUUAUUAUACAUACGCUGGCCGAAAUACCUUGAUACGUUUAUAUCUUGAAGGUAUGGAUUUGUAUUGUCAUAUGGAUGCGUCUAUUAUGUGGAGCCUUAGACUUUCAAACAAUCAUCUGUUUUAUCUUUUUGCUUACGUCAUGCUAACUUUGUUUAGGAAUUAUAUUUCUCAUAUAUAUUUUUUGGAAUUGAAUGCUAUCUACUGAAACAGAUAAGUUUUUAUAAGAAAAAAGAACUACUAAUUGUGUCAGUUCUCAUGGGACAAGCGGUAGAUUUUAUGGAUGUUUUUUUCUUGUGUCUUGAUGAUGUUGAGAUUCAAAUGAAUUUGGGUCCAGGUAGAGGACGACUCAGAAGUUGUUAUAGUUAUUUUACCACUAGUUUUAUAAGGUCUUCCUACAAUGCUUGAGAUAGAUGUAGAAGAAUGUCGAUAUAAUUUUAUCCCAAUAGACUUUUUAUUUUUUUGUAGGGUAGGGCGAACAUGGGAAGAGAGAUACUUUUGAAUGUACUGUGUUCAUGGUAGAGUUGGAUGGUAGUCAAUUGGUUGGCUCAUGGAUACAAUCCUUUAAAGUGUUGGUGCAAUUCAGUAGUAAUAAUAAUAGAAUCAUUAUUUUCAGUGCAACAUUUACUUUAACAGAAAUGCAUUUUAAAAAAAUAUAUCGCUUUGAAUGAUCAGCAUUUCAUUUAUGAUGAGUCAUCAGCAUCUACAGUCUCUGAUUCUUAAAAUCCAAUCAAGUUUCUACAAAUGAAAACCCAAAUGUUAAUGAAUGUUUAUCAUUAAAAUAUUGUCCAAAGAAAAUUAGAAGGAUAAUGGACGACGGAAAGUUUUUAUAUCCCAUUUAAUUUCUUGUUUUUCUUCAAUUAACAAUUUUUUAUGUAGCUUAACUGUGUAUUCUAUUGAAAAUAUCUAUGAAAUUUAAUGAUGUACUAUUGAGAUUUCUUUUUUAAGUUGUAAUGAGAAAUACGAUGGCCUAAUUAUGCAUGUUUGAAUGGCUAGCUAGAGUCAAGAACAUUUUCAUAGAUGGUUGUGUUUUCCUGUGCUAAGCAUCUUGAAACAUUCUAGGGUGAGGAAUACAAGCUAUUUUGGCCAGAGCAGCCAGAAUUUAUCAGAAUGGCAGCAAAAUUUGGUGCUACAAUUGUGCCUUUUGGUGUUAUUGGAGAAGAUGAUAUUUGUAAAGUAAGUAACGCCGGUGGAAUUCAGUUUGUGAACUAUCGGUUAUUCAACAUAUCUGCUUUUGUCCUUCAAGAAAUAUUGAAUUAUUCGGGAUAUCUAUGUUUUUCACUUUAGGUGUGAUCAAGAGGUUGAUAAUUUGACCAUAUGCUUACAACUCUAGGUAGACUAUUUUGACAUACUUUCAUAUACAAGCCGAAUGUUUAAUAAUAUGCUAUAUGGACAAUAUAAGUAAUGUGCAGGGCAAAGAGACAACUAAGACUUCGUACUUCAUAAAAAAUUAUGUCGACUAGACAAGAACGGAUUGACCAUUAAUGAAACAUAUCCAUAUAUUUUAACCACAAGUUUAUCAUCUCUUACGAAUGUAGGUUUAUUUGACACUGCAAUCUUAGGGCACAAUUACAAUCUAGACUUGUUCUUUCUUUGAAAUCAACAGCGGUUAUGAAAUCUGAUUUUUCCUAGUUAUUACGUGGUUAAAUGUCCUUCAGAAAUGUGACAAGAAUGGAGAUCAUAUUCUACAUUGAAAGAAUACAAAUUCAACGAAUAAACCUAAUUUGAAGAGAAAUAAUUUAAACUGUCCAAUUCCCAUUGUGUAUUUAGUUGAUUCAUUCCCCAUAGCAAGGAGAUAUAUGUAAGCAUCUUUUGAUGCCAAAAUACAACAACGUAUGUGAGUGGAUUAUCGAAGCUAAUUCAAGAACAAAACUUGAACGUGUUACUUUUUUUUAGUGAUGGAUCAAUUUGUCUUUGUACCUACGGUUAAUGUCUACUUUAGACUUAUAAUGCCUGUUUUUGGUGAGACACCAUCCUUAUCCGUUAGAUAAUUUUAAUCUUUUUCUCUCUUUCGUCUCUGAUCCGAUGAUGACUUUAGUUUCAAUAAAACUUAAUCCAAAGGUGCAUUAAAUCAAAAAUUGGACUUUACAAACCUGAAAGGCUGGAUGCUAGUGUGCUGCCCUUGCAGUUGUUUUCAAGAAACCAGAUAGGAUUGCCCUGAAAUUCCAUGACCGAUUGAGAUCGCUUUUUUGCUGUCAGAGUUUAGUAAAUUUGGAGUUUUUUCAUUCCUGCGGAGUUUUUUUUUUUGCAUAAUUUAGAAUGUGAUUAUCUGUCUUGUUUUCUUGUUGCACAAUAGGUUCGCUAUUAGUUUUGUUCGUGGCUAAUGUGGAGUUUAAACUCGUAAAAAUUGUAUUUGUUGAAGUGGGUUAAGCCAUUGAAUUGGGAGAGUGUACACCAUGCUGAAUAUCCCUAUUCUAUCUGAUAAGAUCUAGUUUGGGUCCGCGCAUGCUCAACAACUUAGUUAAUUCCAAUAGUCUUUAUCUCUGUGAAACCACCUCACGAAAAUAUUCCUAACCAUGAGCUUGGUAAAUCAUUUGCAGUUGCCACUAAGACCUUAUUGUUUCACAAGCAACGUAAAUAAAUUGGUGUGUAUGCCUUCGUCUAAUAUGAGUUCUUUUCUUCAGUUGCUUCUUGAUUAUGAUGACCUCGUCAAGAUCCCCUUUUUCUAUGAGAUCAUAAAGAGGAUUAAUCACGAAGCAGUAAGACUGAGGUUUGUUUGUUAAUUACUCUUUGGCUAUAGAUAAUAUAAUCGUAAUGGAGAUUCUUUCCUACGGUCCUUUGUACUGAUGGUAAACUUCUUCAUCAAUGGUAUCAUUCUUUACUCCGCUGUUUCCAGAACAUUAACCUUUUGUAGACACUAAGCUCUCGUUUGAGACUCUCAUAACCUUGAUAUACAGUUACCUAGAUCCCAAAUAAUCUCUGGAUAUAGGUAUAAAACUGCACGAUGAUGGUGAUGAUGCUGACGAUGAGAUGUCCGUUGUUGUGCUUUUAAUUACACAGUUUAAGGAAAUUGGUGUCCGUCAGCUACUUCCUGCAUAUGAAUGGUUAUAAAAAAAAUUAUUAUCUUUUUUGACAGUGAAAGGAUGCGACUCAUGUUGGGUAUUUAUUAAGAAAGGAUCAUGUUUCUGUAUCAAAAUUCUCCCCUUAAUGUGUCAUCUGGCCUCUUGAAAAAUUUAAGGUUGCUCCUUGGUUGCUUGAACUUCAGUUGUGACGGCCAAGAAGAUGGCUUCCUUCGCUUCCACCAUCUCUCAAAAAAUUAACAUAAUAGUAUGAUCAAAUAGAUCAUCACAGAUAAUUACUUUGUCUUCGGAAUUACCACUUUCUGAUAAUUUAUGUGAUCUUAUCUUCAUAAAUCCAUGAAAAUCCAGUUCUUCAUAACAAACAAAGAUCGUUGAAAUCCGAUUUUGGAUGGCAUAUAAAAUUUCUCUGGCCUUUGAAAAAAUUCGGCCAAAUGGUUGUGCACAGGGAAAGUGUGGUUCAUUAUAAAAUAUUUUAAUUUUUUUUUAAUGUAUCAGUUUUUCGGAAAAACUAUGUGACCAUGACUUUAAAGUGUGCCUUUUAAAUUUUUUAAAAUGAACGAUUUUUCCAUAAGGACCUGAGGAUUCAGAAAACCUAAUCCAAUCUAGACUGCGAUCUGACUCGGCCACAACCCAUUCUCUCCCACUAUUUGUAGGUUAUUUGAGAGGAUUCCAUGGAUUGUGAAUUUAUCUAGAAAAGCUACUCCAAUUUUCCAAACUCCUAGAUUAUUCGUGUCUUGUAAAAUUUUUAUUACUGAGGGAAAUGGAUCUAAUGAUACAGGAAUUGGUGUUCUGACCUGGUACUCAAGUAAAUUCUGAUCGUUCCAUCCUUGGGAAUCGUUGACUAGUCUUACAGAGCUUAUCAGUCUUUUCUGUGAACAGAAAUGAUCUCUCUCUCUCUCUCUCUCUCUCUCUCUCUGUGGCAAACACUCAAGUACAUGGCUUUCCAAAACUCAUUAUUACGACGGGUCCGUCCUAUUACAGCCACAGAGCUCCAGUCUUUUCUGGAUUUAAUGCUCUGGAAAUUUUCAUCAUCCUCAAGCAAAUUAGCUCCAGUCUUCGCUUCCUUACCUGAGACAUGAAUUCUAUUUUCGUUUGACCUUUUCUACCCCAUUUCUGUUUCUUAAUAUCUCUGCCUCUCAUCUUUCAUGCUCUUUCUGUUUCAUCCUAUUACAUCCUGAUCCAUUUGCGAUUGUCACUACUUUGCCUCUUCUAACUUACUUUUCCAUUUUCUUCCAUCAAUUGAAUCCCCAGUGAUGCCCCCUUCCUCUUAUUAUAUAGCCCAUAUUUCUGGUCAACAAGAGAGCUACCAGCAGAGGACUGCAGAUGAAAUUCAUGUAGUAAUAGGUGGUUUUAUAGGUAAUCGAGCCAUCCAACUCAGAAUUUUUUGCCAAUGGGCGGAGCCACCUCAACCUUAUAAUCGCAGGCUUAUUCUUAAUUUCUGUAAUCACUGAUGCAGGACUAUUCUUAACCACGGAGACCCCUACCCCAUGAUUUUUUAUUCUAAAUGAUGCCAAAUCUCGCUAGAACAGUAGGAAAAUCUGAAUGGAAAUCUGCAUGAUUUUGCUCUUGAUGUUUUGAACAGUAUGUAUCAGAAUGGAGGGAAAUCGAAUGAUACUGUUCAUUUAUGGCAUUUCCCCAGAAACGUGGGGAGAAUAAAAAUUAGAAAAAAAUCUAAAAACAAGGUCUUUUUUUUUUGGGAUUUUGCCUUAGUUUCCAUAAGAACUAGACUUUUGUAUGGUCCAUCAUUGUCUAUUCAGUGUACGCCCUCUUGUUCAGGGGUUUUCUCUUUGAAACCAAUAGAUUCAAUCUCUCUUUUCUAAUUCUUACAAAAGAUACUGUGAUUUCAGAUUCGGAUUAUUUCUCUGCCUUAGUAGUCAUUGUUAGAGUAGUCUACUCAUGCUAUUGAAAGAUCUCACGUUUCCCUGACAAGCUCCCUCAUGUGGACAUGCUGCUGACAGGGCUGAUUCUCCUGGAGAUGCCAGAAGCCAAAACAUUCACCUCCCAGGAUUGCUGCCAAAAAUCCCAGGACGGUUUUAUUUCUUGUUCGGAAGGCCAAUCCAAACAAGAGGUAGUUCUCGAUGGCCUGAAAAUUGUUCCAUUUUUUAAAUUUAUUUCAUAUGGCUAAUCCAAUUUGAGGCAAUUUUUCAUGUUAAAAAAUUCUCGGGAUUUAUUCUGAUUUUUUUUAAUAAAAAAAUAUACUCAAUUUUAUUGAUAUUUCCAAAAAAUAUAUGGUGAUUCAUUGCGUUCAUUAUCAGAAUUUUGUAAUAAUUAUUUUUAUUUCUUGGUAGGGAGGGAGGAUGAACUAAUGGACAAAGAAAAUGCACGAGAACUGUAUUAUCAUGUGAAGUGUGAAGUUGAAAGCAGCAUUGCAUAUCUUAAGGAUAAGAGGGAGAAAGAUCCUUACAGGAAUCUAUUGCCUAGGCUCCUUUAUCAGGCAACGCAUGGCUUUUCAUCUACAGUUCCCACAUUUGACCUAUGA